AUCUGUGCGGCGGCGGAGCUCGACAGCAGAGGAGCGCGCUCCUGCGGAUCAGUGACCGCACGGUGGACCGUCUUUUGUUCCGCCUGACAUGGACGAACUCUCGGUGGAUUUAAAACGCGCUGUUUUCACAUUUCGCCCGUGAGAAGGGCGUGGCGGCUCCGCUGCGGUGCGUGGGAUUAUCACGCGGAUACUUUUUCCCGGGUGUGUUUUCAUCGUAGUUGCAGAGGUCAGGGGCACGAUGCUGCUCUCCCUCUCUCACAGCAUGGAUCUGCCGGCGAAGCUCCACCUGCAGCAAGCCAAAGCUGAGAAGCAGCCAUUCGAGAAGAUGUACCGGCUGGACUCGGUGCUCGGUACCGGAGGAUUCGGCACCGUCUACUCUGCUGUCCGCCUGGCCGACGGGCUGCCGGUUGCAGUCAAACAUGUGUGCAGGGACAGAGUGACUGAGUGGGGAAGCUUGUGUGGCGCUGUGGUUCCCCUGGAGAUUGUGCUGUUGCAGAAGGUGGGUGGGGCGUUUGGCGGCGUGGUGCGUCUGCUGGACUGGUGGGAGCGGGUGGACGGCUGGUUGAUGGUGAUGGAGCGUCCCGAGUCAGCUCAGGACCUGUUUGAUUAUAUCACGGAGCGUGGCGCGCUGGAUGAGGCGGCGGCCCGUGGCUUCUUCCUGCAGGUGCUGGAGGCGGUGCGUCACUGCUACACCUGCAGUGUCGUCCACAGAGACAUUAAGGAUGAAAAUCUGCUCGUGGACCUCAGGACCGGACAGAUCAAACUCAUCGACUUUGGCUCUGGGGCCCUCCUCAAAGAAACCGCCUACACCGACUUUGAUGGUACACGGGUGUACAGUCCUCCGGAGUGGAUCCGGUUCCGCCGGUACCAUGGCCGCUCGGCCACCGUCUGGUCGCUUGGCGUGCUGCUGUACGACAUGGUGUGUGGGGAUAUCCCCUUCGAACAGGACGAGGAGAUCCUAAGAGGACAGAUCUUCUUCAGACGCAAAAUCUCCACAGAGUGCCAGCAGCUGAUUGACUGGUGUCUGAGCCAGCAACCGUCUGACCGGCCAACCCUGGAGCAGAUCCUCCUCCACCCCUGGGUGACCAGCAGUGAUGGUCAGCAGACAGACAGCCUCAUCACGUUUCACACCAUUACAGCUGACUCCUCAUCUCCCACAUCCUCUUCCUUGAGCCAGCAGAGCUCAUGAUUGGUCAGCGGGACACUUCCAAGGGGCGAGACUUGGACUUGAUCCACAGCUGUUUUCUGUUUCAGUUUCCUCGUGAUUGUGACGAUGCUGCUCCAAGGAAGUGUUGUUCAGUGGUGGAGCGACUCAUGGUCUCAGUUCAGGUUCCAGUUGACUUUGCUGCUCCACAGCACCCCCUGCUGAUCACACUACAGAGCAGCUACUAUAGAUCCUUUUUCCAUCCAGUGCUGCUGUUUGAGUGCCUUGACUUCAAAAGCUGCUGCGGGUGGAAUAGUGAGGGACGAGUUCCAAAGAGUUUUCAUGGCUAAAAUGUGACGUCACAGAAGAAUUCAGUCAGAUUAUUUUCCAUUGGGAAAAAAGCAUAACUCAAUAAUUCUACAGCUACAAUGUGGGGUUACAGUGCACCAACAGAGCCACGGUGAACACGCCUGAAAUGUUUUAAUCAUUGAUUGAUUAGUCUAUAAAAUAUCAAAAAAAAUGCUGAACACGUUUUCAUCUCAAUGAGUCUCAAGAGUCCACAUUUUGAACUUUCAGUGAACAGUGAUAUUAGAAAAGCAGAAACUCCUCCUGUUGGAGAAGCUCAAGAGCGAGCGAGCAUAGACUCUUGCUUGAAACUUGACUUAAAUAAUAAAUCACAUCAACAUUGUGAUUGAUCAUUUUGUAGUGACUAAUCAAUCAAGCGACUUAAUCGUUUCAGCCCUAAUUGUUGCAUCCUAAGUCCGUCGCUGUCCAGGACCAGAGGGGUCUGUUUUGAGGAAAAGUUUGACCGUUAAAAUAUGAUGAUUUGCUUUUGACUAAGUGAGAGGAUCGAUGUAACUGUCAUGUUUGUGCAGAAAACAUGAAAUUAUUGCGAGCAGCCAGAACCAAACCAUCCAAACAGUUUGUAGUUUUCCAGGGAGUUAUUUGCUCGACUAUUUCUUGGCUGUGUUUCCAGGCAGGUCCUGAACAAGAAAUUUAGUGGCUCAUAACACUCUGUAAAAUGACGACAGCAAACUAUUCUUCUGUUGUUAUAUUGCUCAAAGGGAAUUCGAACAUGUCCUACAUGGACUUGUUCUAUUUGGUUGCUUGGGUUGUUAAACUACAGCCCAUAAUGUGUCAGUCUUCAAGUGUAGGAGGUGCUGGUUGUAACAUGUUACUGUAGCGUUAGCGGUUUCCCCUCGAGUUUCCAGACAACCAGCUGCAGGUGGUAGCCUCACACUUGGCCAACCAGUCGUCUCUUAUAAGAAAGUGAACAAACAUAUUUCCCCAAAAACUUUUCCAGAGUUUACAAAAUAUUUCUGUCCACCCACUUCACACCCCCAAGGUGUGAAGUGAACUGGGCCAACAAUCCUCUCUCCUGCUGAUGUGGUGGAAAACUUGAUCACACACAUGCCUCCUCUGAAAGGCUGGGACUCGUUGACUCUGAGUUUUGAUACCAAAAUAUGACUUUUUGAUACUUAAAUAUUCUCCAUGUAAUAAACAUUUAGGGUUUACUCUGAACAGAAGCAGGCGAGAACAGAAGUGUGUAAUAAAUGAGGACAUUUCUGAUAAAAGAAAUGUUUCUGACCCAGUCUUCACAUCCUGCUGCUCUCAGGCUCUAAGGUUUAAACUAAGAAGGGGGCAAGAAUUCAUCUCAACAGAUUGGAUUGUUUUCUGUUUGUUUGUUGUUUUCAGUCAAGCAGGUCUCCAUACAGUUUAAAAGUUUAAGAUGUUUUUGGUGUCAGUGCCGCAGCGGAGACAAGUUUUAACUAUGUUCCAUCACCUUUUGUUUUCUCUUUCUAUGUCUCGCUCUCUGUCUCUCUCUAUCUUGCACUCAGCUUGUGUCUCCAUCACUAUGUUCUGAAAACAUUACAUCCUCCGUCUUCUCUCUCACCCUUCGUCUCGGGGUGUAAAAUGCACAGUUUAAUGCAAAUACUUACUCGUUAAAAUAUAUUAGUUUUUUAUAUGCAUAUUUUGUACAUUCAGUGUUUUUUUUAUUUAUUUACUGAGACAUUCCUCAUAAUGUGUUUAUUUAUUUAUCUUCAGUUUUUUAUACAAUGUUUUUCUAUUUUUUUUUUGAGCUACUAAAUGAGGAUAAAGUCCGGGUCAGGUUUGAGUGUUCUCACGUCAGGUUUAAAGGUUUGAACUAAUUCUCAUUUCAUGUAUGUUUAGAUGUUUUGAAUGUAAACUUUUGACAGGGAAAAAGUAUUUUUUCAUGGAGUUUUUUCAAAUUAAACCUUUUGUAUAUAACUGAUUUUCUGUGUGAUGUCUCCGCUCUUCUCAG